AUUCUUUUUCCUCGGCAGCAGGUCGUUUUUUGUUCUCAAUCGGUUUCCAUUUCCAGCAAGCGAGGGAGACGGGAGCCAUUAGCGUGAACAUUAACGGCAUAGGUUGCUAGCUAGCUGGCCCGAAUUACAAAUUCUCGUGUCGUAUGAGAAAUCACCGUGGAUCAUUUACAAAGAGGAGUCUGUACGACCUAGCAGAAACACCGAUUUCUUUCAUUUCCCCCCGUUUUCUUAAGACCGAGAAGGAGAAAGAAUAAAAACACAAAAUGGAGAACGAGAGCAAAUAUCUCCCAGAACUACUGGCUGAAAAGGAUAGCCUGGAUUCGUCGUUCACUCACGCGAUGAAACUUUUAUCUGCAGAGAUUGAGAGGAUUCAGAAAGGAGAGUCCAAGAAAGAGGAGGACGACACUUACCUGGACCUCUUCACCAUGAAGAACAUCAAAGUGAAGGAAAGGGUGCUGAUUCCUGUCAAGCAGUACCCAAAGUUCAACUUCGUGGGCAAAAUUCUGGGACCCCAGGGAAACACGAUCAAGCGAUUGCAAGAGGAGACCGGAGCCAAGAUCUCGGUCCUGGGGAAAGGAUCAAUGCGCGACAAGGCCAAGGAGGAGGAGCUGAGGAAAGGAGGUGAGCCCAAAUACGCGCACCUGUCCAUGGACCUGCACGUCUUCAUCGAGGUGUUCGCCCCCAUCCCGGAGGCCUACCUGCGCAUGGCCCACGCCAUGGAGGAGGUCAAGAAGUUCCUCAUCCCUCAGGACAUGAUGGACGACAUCUGCCAGGAGCAGUUCAUGGAGAUGAGCUACCUGAACGGCGGCCAGGAGGGCGGGGCCCGGGGCCGCGGAGGGCCCCCAGGCAGGGGCCGUGGGGCACCCCCACCUCCCUCACCUGUUGCCAGGGGUAGAGGAAUGCCUCCUCGAGGAGGCGCCCCGCGGGGCGGCCCGGCAAGGGGAGGGGUGUCCCGGGGAGGGCCCGCUGGCCGAGGCGUACCCCCGUCCCAGCCCGCCAGAGGGGGCGGAGCCAGCAGGUCCAGGCCCCCGGCGCCGGGCGCUCAGAGGAUGCUGCCCCCCCCGGCCCACUCGCACGCCCACCAGCACCAGCACCAGCACCAACACCAGCAGCAUCACCAGCAGCAGCACCAACACCCGCUCACACACCAGCACCAACACCAGCACCAGCAGCCCCACGCGCCUGUGCCUGAGCCCUACGAGGAAUACGGCUACGAGGAGAGCUAUACCGAGCCCGCGUACGAGAGCUACGAGAACUACUACAACCCCGCCCCUCAGGCAGACACGGAAUAUUAUGACUACGGGCACGGGGAAGCGCAGGAGGGCUACGAGUCUUAUGCUCAAGACGACUGGAACGGGACGCGCGUGCCCAGCGGAGGAAAGGCCCCCCCCACCCGGCAAGCCAAACCAGGGUACAGGGAUCACCCGUACGGAAGAUACUGAACCCGGCCCGGAGCGGGCGGCGCAGACGCCUGUGUGUUGCCCCGGCAACCGUCUGUGUCCCCCCCCCCCACCACAGUUCUUGCUUUUAACAUCCAGACAAAGUAAUUGUCCAUUAGUUUUGUGUUUCGUUUAGAUUUUUUUUUUUUUUUUUUGUUUGGUUUAGUUUUUUUUAGUUUUUUUUUUACUCUGGACUUUUUUCCCCCCAAUUAUUUUAAAAUUGGCUUCUGUAUGCUGAAAACUUCAGGCAUUUUAGGCAACACAGUUUGUUCACAUGCUUUUAUUUUGAAUUUUGUUUUGUCCUUCCCGCUUUAUCGCACUGUUGACAGUUUAAAAUGUUAUUUUUUUAAAUGGCUGGUUUAAAAAAGAAAGAAAAAAGAAAAAAAAAAAUCAGUUUCAAAAUGUGGAAAAAAAUAUCCUUGAUAGACUGUAUAGUUUAACAUCCUGUUAGUUUUGAAAGUUAAUUUGUGUUGCUUUAAAAAUGAUUCCGAUAAGUGGCAGUUGCAGAUUCCCAUUUAGGCUACAUUUCAAAAUUCUGUUCAGUAUUCAAAGAAAUUAAACCUUUAAUGUAAUCUUCAUGUAAUAUAGGCAACUAACUCUGAAGAAUGGGGGGAGGGGUUGUCGGCACCUUUCUGUAUAAAAUUAACUAGACUUAAAACUGCUUUUUUAAUUUAAUUUCACAAUAUUUUGGAUUGACAUAGAGUUUUGAAAUAUAGCCCAACUAGACACUGUUGAGAUGAUCCUUUAUCGUAUUCAGAGCUUUUGAUUGGCCGAUUCUUUUCCCAGUCCUCCAAUUGUAGACGGCCCUGGAGUCUUGGAGUGCCAGAGAUAUUGGGUUUAAUGAAGGCAAGUGACCCUGUGCUAUAGCUAGUCUGGCUAUUCACCCUUCUGACUCUGGAUAUUUUGGCUCAGAAUUGAUGAUCCAUUUCUUUGGCUGUCAAGCUGGGAUAGAAUGAAAACGCGAAAUGUCCCUUGCUCUCCUGGAACGGGUUCUGAUUCCAGGCCUUAUACCAUUGCAAAUUGCGUAUUGCUGUCGGCCACAACUGAUUUACCCUGGUCUGAGAAGGAUUUGGGACUACAUCUCUACAGGGUCUUUUUGUAAAGAGGGACACUGCAGCUAAACCCAGUACUUUGUACAUACUUAAAACUUCAAAUAACUGUACGUUGCCAUUUUAAAGCUGUACCUUCUCCAUAAAAAAAAAAAUGCUAGUGCAACUUGUGUAAGCUUGCCUAAAUAGGUAACUAAAUAUCUGUCCAAAAAUGUUUUGCAGCAGUUUGUCAAUAAAGCCUAGUUUUUUUUCUAUCAAAAUAAA